AUGAUGAAGUGGUGUUGUUUGAUUGUUUUCAUUUUUUUCACAAUUGGUGUGUCAAAAGGCGGCAUUCUUUCUGGAAAAUGCCAUGCCUCCAAUGGUACCUGUGGAUUAAAAGGUGUUCAAUGUAAUGUUACAUUCGGGUCUGGUUGGAUGUAUAACGGAAAAUGCUGCAAUAACAGACCUUGUUGCAAAUUGUCAAAACCGCCGUGUAUUCAAGAAACGGCUUGCCUAGAGGGUUACAGGCUGUUACCAAACCAAGCCAGUAGUGAUCAUUGCUAUAAAGUUUUUAAUCAAGGUACACAUAAUCAAGGAUGGGUGGAAGCUGCUGUUCACUGUGCAAAACCACCAAACGGUUACUCGUGGAGACCAAACACUGCACAAGAAGCAAAUGCUGUUAGAGAUUUAUUUAAUUUGCCCAAUGAUACUUAUAUAUGGACUGGUGCAAAUGAUUGGGACAAGACUGGGAACUAUACAUUUCACAUAGAAAACAGUCCAUUUUCAUUUAAUUCUCUUCCAUUUGGAUUAGGCGAGUUCGAUCCUGAUCCUGAUAUACUAUUUGGUGUAAUGAUAAAGUUCGACACAGAUAGAAACAGAUGGCUUUGGAAGAAUAGGUAUUUCGGUCGUUAUCACCUCUACGUAUGCGAGUAUAAAAGACCUUGUCGGUAGAGAGGAUAUAUGCCGUUGCAUGCAGUACUUGAUGUAAUUAAAUCGUCCAAGC